AUGGACAGCCGGGUAACUCUCAUUGGGGGCGAACUCGAACCCGAACUCGCUGCGCCUGAUCCAGCAUUCGGUGCAACUACGAUACUGGACUUUGACCGCGAUGUGAUGAUAUCGAUCAACGCGACAGUGCGUGGACAGAGUCACAUACGGUACUCUGUUAGGACCGUCAGGGCUGGUCUGGUAGGAAUGAACCCCAAGACCGUUUUUAGCCAAGGGGAAAGGAUACUGGCAACAGUGCAGCGCAGGGACAUGAUCCCGGAUUCGCUCACGUUGGGCGGCGAAACUAUGAGUCUCAGCAGCUGGCUCAAGACGCCGAUGUUUUCGUCCUUUCCCGUGUCAUUCAGCGAGGGGGGAGAAACGUACGUCUGGAAGGGAGGCCAGGACGGCGGGAUUGUUCUAUACAAAGGAAGCAGCGCUAGCACAAAUGCGAUCGCUCGCUUCUAUCCAUCCAAUUUCGCUCUGACGCACGAUCGGAAAAGAAUGACUUAUCGUGCUCACCUGGACUUAAGACCUGAAGUUGAUCUCAUACGCGAAAAGGUGUUUAUAUCAUGUGUGUUGAUUGUACAAAAGAUGAGGAAGAAUGCGAAGGCGAAGGAGCGGGAUUUUGUGUCAGCUAGUCAAGGAUUGAUGUUCUCAUCCAUAGGUAGUGCUUUCUAA